GUCGCCUCGCGGAUCGAUUAGUCGAGUCUGGUAGGGAGGGGAGGGAGUAGACAAGAGAGGCGGGGUUUCCAGCCCCAUGCUUGUUAAAGGUACAUUACAGCCAAAUUAAAAGAGCAAUAAUAAGCAUUAUUUUUAGCUCCCAAAAGCAGCAUUACAUAAGGAGAUAAAGCAUCAUUUUGUACCGAUAGGCAUGAUAUGUAAAAAAUUAAAAUAAUAGUAAUAAUACAAAACACCCAGUAAUGAAGUAAACUACUAUAUCAGAUAAGAUAAGAUCUGCUUUUAUUAUAUAUAUAAUAUAUAUAUUCGUCCCACAAUGGGGAAAUUUGGGCAUUACAGCAGCAAAGUGCACAGAAUAAUAUAGAAAGAAAUUUACAAAAAAGCAAUAGUAUGUACAAAAUAUAACAAAAUAAUAACAUUAAAUUAGAAAAGGUAUAUAAAAAGCAGUAGCAAUAGUUGCACGUGGAGACUAAAUAUAAAUAUUGCACAGUUGGCUAAUGCACUUUAAAUGUAUCAGUGAAUUAUUUUUUACAGUGGUUGAGUCCUGUGUGUGUUUUGUGUUUGGUCUAUUGAGAGAGCAGUGCUGGUUGUACAGUCUCACAGCAGCAGGAAGGAAGGACCUUAACAUGAGCAAAUAAACGAAAAUGCAAAUAAAUAAAUAUAUUCAACAAUGUGUCUUAGGCUUUUAGCAACUAUAUAAAGACAUUCAAAAUAAUUCCAAAGAUAUAUUAUUUCUUUUCUUCAUUAUUCCGUCAGCCAGAGCUUUAAAAAAAAAUGUUGCUCAAAGGCCGAAAGAGGGUGAUCAAACUUUUUUUUGUGCGUGUGAAGCUUUCAACCACAUGACACUGCCCAUGUGAGUGGACCAAGUAUUUGUUUAAUUCAUCUAUAUAACUUUAAGGACUCAAAUUAAAGCAUAAAAGUUCAUUGUUGCCCUUGGAAAUAAUUGUUUGAUCAACAGCCUAUACCAAUAUUUUUCUUGUUCAAUAAUGUGUAUAAAUAUAUAAAUACAAACAUCUUAACUCGGUUGAUAUCUUUACUUAAAUCAAAUAGGCUAAGGACUGCAGCUCUUUUGUUAAUUCAAUGUUUGAUUCUCACAAAGCAAAAUUUGUGUUGCUGCACAACAUACGAUAAAAAUAUAUGACUGAUACUAUUGCUAAUUGGCCAUUAGUACUGUCACUAAUAGCAACUUUAGUUUGGUAUCAGAGAGAUACACGUCAGUGUGGAUACACUGACGCACAAUUUAUCGGGGAAUGUUAAACUAUAGAAAGCGACGGCAAUUACAGAAUUGUGCAAAAUAAAAAAAGAUGUCUGUAGGUAAGCCAAGUAUGAUGAUUUAAUGACGACAGUCUUGUUAAAAAAUUUUAACAGAACGGUCUCCCCCUGUUAAAAUGCGCUCGUCACCAAUUAAGUGCACAUCCGUGAAGGGAAACAGGCGUGUGUGACAGGAAAAUCCUCAUCUUUUGUUUUGAUGAGAACCUCCCUUUUUAAUCGAUGCUGACGACAACUCUAGUUGACAAAUCGGGGCCGUGAACUCGCGGUCGCCGUAUUGCAAGGGGGGGGCCCGCAGGCUCUGCAGAGGGAAACACCUGAACUAAUUGUAGAAAUAGUAUCCAAACAAAACAAAACAUAUUUCAAGUGAAUUAGGAAAUUGACUUCUGAAGUUCCAAAACUAUUCCAUAAGGCCUUUGUCAUUAUCUUAAAUGUUCAUAUUAAGGAGAGGAAGCCUUCACAGAAAAAAAAAACUGAGCAGCCUGAGAGAGGCAAGUGUGAGUCAUCCGGCUGACUGAAGAAGAAGAAGAAGAAGCAGCCCCUGAUGAGGGGAGACCUCUCAACACUCCACAACUACUGUGGGGGUACCACAGAGAAAAGGCACGUAAAACGGCCAUGUUACGUGGCCCCGGGGGCCUCCUGUGUGAGGCUUUGAGAGAGAUUUUUCCUAUGAUCUCGCAUGUACAGACUGCAGAUAGCAAGCGGGUGGAAGAAGAUGAGCUAAUGUUUGGUUGGCCUGGGGAGCAAUAUUGAGCCGCAUUGUCAGGGGCCAGAUUGCCACACAUGUUCUCCCGCACAACCUGCACUGCUGUAACCCUUGGUGACAGUCACAGCGCGGAUGUGUCAUUCUUUCUAUCACUUCGGAGGUCCAUGCCUGCCGAAGCACGGCGAGGUGAUCUCUGGAGUGCCAAGACAGUGCCAAGACACAAGAUUCCCCUCCUCCUUACGCCGUUCCACGCACACACACACACACACACACAAAAAACCCCACCACCUCCUCAUUCCCAGUGGAUGGCACCGCUGACGCCUUCCGCAGCCAGGCGAAAAAGCCACACCUCCACGCCGUGGUGGAUGUAGCCCCGGGAUUGUAUAAAUGAGGGUGCGAAGGCAGAAGAGGAACCAGAGGCGGACCGGACGAGAUGAAGAUGGAGAUGGCCAGCGUCAACUGGGUGCUUGCUGCUGCAGGGUUUCUUCUGUGGACCAGCGGUGGCUCUGCGGCACCCAUGGAGUGCCACUUCGACUCCAGAGCACUGUGCGUGUUCGAGGGGAGACACUUCUCACUGGGGGAGACCUGGAUGGACAACGCUUGCAUGCAGUGCACCUGCCUGCACCCCGUCGGCGUCGGCUGCUGCGAGACGGUGCAUCGGCCGGUGGAUUUCCCCGCGUGGUGUCAGGUGCGGGUGGAGCCGGCGACUUGCAAGGUGUCUCUGGUGCAGACGGCCGACCCCCGCCUGCCCUGCUACCCCGGCGACGACUUCAAGGACCCGAGCCACGGGUCACUUCAGCUGCAGCAACAGCUCGGGGGUUAGAGGGGCCGCUCGAACCGACGACUCGUCUGUUUCGGUCUGUUUACCUGUGAAAUCAAUACUCACCCGCAGUUUAAUAACAGUUAACUACUCCCAUCAUAUACAUACUGUACAACUAUAAAACAUUAACAGCAUGUGUACGUUUCAGUGUUGUAUAAUCGGUGAAGGAAAUGUGAGUGAUACUUGUCUGUGAAAGUCUAUUUGUGUAAAAAAAACCGCAGCAUUUUUCCAGCAGAGAAUUUUAAUGAAACUGAACACAUUAAGGAAAUUAAGGCACAAGCCUUCCUUGGAUAAAACUUCUUGUUCAGUUUGUUUAAUAUUUUAGGUAUUAUAGUAUAGUAUAGUAUAUGGUGGCCAUAAGCUUCAAACUUUUUUCGAUACAGAGUGUGGAGAACUGCUCAUGCCAAAGAUUGUCCAUAAAAAAAUAAUGAGGUUUUUUUGGUUCCUUUCACAAAUCUUGAAUCAAUUCAAUGACUUGCUGUAAAUAUAAGCAUAUACAGUAUAUACACAUGCAUUAAUAUAUACAAAAUUCUACUGAAUCUGACCUGCUCUCUGCUGUAAC